GCUGGGGGUCCCGUCGCCGGGGGAGCCUCCUGGGAGGCUGAGGCGGCGGGCAGGGCGGAUCUUCCCGGCCCCUCCCAAGGCGGGCGGCGGGGGAGAGCACGGGGCCUCGGCCGGCCCGCCCGCGACCUUCGGAGGCGGCCCUUUGGGGGCCGCGGCCCGCGCCGCGGCGCCUGACUGCGGGCGCCGCCCGCGCUGACGACGUCCUGACCCUGCAGCGGGACGCCGGCCCGCCGGCCGAGGUCCCCGCGGAACCCGGGUGGCCGCCGCGCAGCCCGCCGGCUUCCGUGGGCCGAGAUGGCGGCCGUGGACUUCAAGACCUACGUGGACCAGGCGUGCAGGGCGGCCGAGGAGUUCGUCAACGUCUACUACACCACCAUGGACAAGCGGCGGCGCCUGCUGUCCCGCCUCUACAUGGGCACGGCCACGCUCGUGUGGAACGGGAACGCCGUGUCGGGCCAGGAGUCCCUGAGCGAGUUCUUCGAAAUGUUGCCCUCCAGUGAGUUCCAGAUCAACGUGGUGGACUGCCAGCCCGUGCACGACGAGGCCACCCCGAGCCAGACCACGGUCCUUGUCGUCAUCUGUGGGACCGUGAAGUUCGAGGGCAACAAGCAGCGGGACUUCAACCAGAACUUCAUCCUGACGGCGCAGGCCUCGCCCAGCAGCACGGUGUGGAGGAUCGCGAGCGACUGCUUCCGCUUCCAGGACUGGGCCAGCUAGCGCGGCUGGGACAGGGGGCGCACGGGCCUCUGCGGUGGCAGGCUGCGCGCCGGGCCCGAUGGCCCCCUCCGAGCGUGUGCUUGCUUGUCAUAGCUGCCUUUUCAGAGUAGUAAAAUUUUCUAUUUUUGUACUUGCCCAGUAGACACCCUGGUUCUGGCAAUUCUGACGAAUAAACAAUAAUACCAGUGUUA